CAACGCGUUCCGUGACGGGUUUGACACAGGUCGGAGAGCAGGACACCCGAGGGGUGCCAAGGACGAGUGUUAACCAUGGAGCAUCUGACGGAGGACAACUGGCGGGAGAUAGCGGGCAAGAAAAUGAAGUUCCCGCCCAGCCUGAUCGGAGCCAUCUACGAUGGGAACCUGGCCAAGAUCUACAAGCUGCUGCAGACGAGCGAUGGGAUCCUGAGGCAGCUGGAUGACGCCGAGGACCGGUCCUGGAGGGAGGCCCUCAACCUGGCCAUCCGCAUGAGCAACGAGGAGAUCAUCGUGGCCCUGCUCCGCUGCGUCAAGUUCGACUUCCGUCAGAUCCACGAGGCCCUGCUGGUGGCGGUGGACAUGAACCUGAUUAACGUGGUGAAGCUGCUGCUGGAGCGCCUGGACCAGCAGAAGGGGGUGAGCCACAACAAGGUGGACAUCAUGUCCUUCUCGCUGGCCCUCUUCGACCACUCCAUCGACAGCUCCCGCUUCGCACCGGGGGUCACCCCUCUCACCCUCGCCUGCCAGAAGAACCUCUUCGAGAUCGUGGACCUCCUGAUGAAGAAGGGUCACGUCAUCCCCACUCCCCACAAGAUCUCGUGCGCCUGUCCCGAGUGCCUGAACGCGCGGCAGUACGACAUGCUCAAGUUCUCGCUGUCUCGCAUGAACACCUACAAGGGCCUGGCCAGCCGGCCCUACCUGUCCAUCGCCAACGACGACGCCAUGCUGAGUGCCUUUAAGCUGAGCAGAGAGCUGAAGCAGCUCUCCAAGAAGGAGCCCGAGUUCAAGCCGGAGUACCUGAACCUGGAGGAACUGUGCCAGGACCUGGCCGUCGAGCUGCUCGGCAUGUGCCGGAACCAGAGCGAGGUCAACGCCAUCCUCAAUGACAGCGGAGAGGACCAGGUCGAGAAGGAUGACAUGGACAACCAGGCCUUCGAGGAGGGAAUCCCCAACCUGGGCCGGCUCCGGCUGGCUGUCAACUACAACCAGAAGAGGGUGAACUCGGGUGCGGGUGGAACCCAGGCAGAGGGUCGGGAGGCCUAUCGUUUACAGGUGAUCAAAACCCUGGUGCAGAGGUACAUCGAGACGUCCCGGCAAGAGUUUGCGGAGAAGCAGAGGAAAGACCUCGGAAACCGGAUUACGGAGCUGAGCAAGUUUGUGGGCCGGCUGCAGUCAGAGAUUAAGCGACUGCGCUACGGCAUGGGGGCAGCAGAGAGUGGUACCAAGUCUGGAGAUGCCUCCACCGUCAUCAGCAAGUACAUCCUGGGCGCCCGCAACCGCUUCCAGGAGCCCGAGGACGGCUCUGAGCCCGGCUCUCGCAAAGCCUCCUUCAAGGUGACCGUGCACCAGGACUCGGAUGAUGGGGCCGAGCCCCCUGGUGCGUGUAAGCCGGUGGCAGAGGAGGGCGACGAGGAUGACGAUGAGGGCUGCCCCCCGUACCCCAGCGGGGAGGACGAAGAGAAUCCCUCCGCCAGACAGAAGCGCGGAGACGCUGAACAGGCGGAAGAGAAGGACUGAGCCGACGGGCGCCCAUCUCCCCACCGAGGCAGAACUGAUCCCGGGACCAUGAACUCUUUCCCCAUCCCUUCAGCCCAGGGCUGAAUAACUUGCAUCGGGAGCCCUGUGGGACCUCCCACCCCUCCUACACUAGCAACCAGAGUCAGUGCGUUAACCUCAAUAAACCGUAGGGCAGUAACUGGUAGAAUCAGAUUCAUUAUCAUAGCACCAUAAUACAUAGGAGCAGAAUUAGGCCAUUCAGCCCUUCGAGUCUGCUCCACCAUUCCAACAUGGCUGAUUUACUAUCCCUCUCAAGCUCAUUCUCUUGUCUUCUCCCUGUAACCUUUGUCAUCCUGAUUAAUCAAGAACCUAUCAACCUCCGCUUUAAAAAUACCCAAUGACUUGGCCUCCGGAGCCUUCAGGGGCAAUUAAUUCCACAGAUUCACCACCCUCUGGAUAAGGAGAUUCCUUCUCAUCUCCGUUCUAAAUGCCUGUCUUUGGCUCUAGACUCGCCCACCAUAGGAAACAGGCUCUGCAUGUCCACUCAGUCUGAGCCUUUCAAUAUUCCGCAGGUUAUCCCUAUCUUAUAGGGCCCGAGAGGAGUGUUUUGUGACAGCAGUCUAACGCAGAGAUCGUAAUGUUACGAUCACGUGGACCACUAGCCUGUCGAUUACAAUGCCGCUUUUCCCCAGAAGGUUCCACAUCAUUUUCCGCCCCUCCCUGGGUCGUGUGGAGGAGGAACGUGAUCCAGCAGGGACAGCGGGUGUAGCACGUCAGAAAGGAUGAGGCUGGGCAUCCAGAGGGAAAUGCCAUCCAGAACAGGGGCUCUGGGAAUCUUCCUGGCGCCUGGUAGGCAUUGGGAAGGGGUGGUGAUUUAGCCGAGAGGUGGGAGGAGGUUCCUAAUCAUGGAGCAAUUUACUAACCGGUACAUCUUUGAACCGUGGGAGGAAACCCACGUUCCCAUGGAGAAGGGCGUCCGAGCUCCUUACAGGCGCGCUGGAGCUGGACUCUGAGCUCUGGACGUCGGGAGCUGUGCUGACCGCUACACAUGGAGUGCGAGUUCCAACAGUGACGACCUACAGGGAUGAGUUCUCGGGAGACCACAGCCCUCCUGUUGGGAAGGAUGAGGCCAGGCGUUCAGUGGGAAAUGCUAUUCACACUAGGAGCUCCAGGAAGCUUCCCUGUGCUGGGUGGGAGUUGGAGAGGAUUCAAAGGGGACUGAUUUAGCUCAGAGGCAGUCAGGAGAUCUGGGAAGGAUCCAGCAGGGAUAGGAUGGUUCCUGGGCAUCUCACAUCUCCCCCCGUUGCCACUCAGACCUGAUGCUCCCACUGACACUGAGUUCUGCUAUCCCUUGAGGUUGUCACUGCUAAAACCUGGGGGGAAACUUCCCCUCCAUUUCCUCCCCAGAGAGAACGAGGAGAGGCGGAGAGGAAAGAGCACAGGGAGAGGAUCAAAGAGAGGGAGAGUGACAGAAAAGGAGGUGGAGAAGAACUCAAAGUGGUGCAGGGAGAGGUAGAGAGAUAGGGCCGGAGGAGGAGGAGGGGAAGAAGUGAAGAGGGUAGGAGGAGUUGAGGGAGAGGUUUCCUGCAUGGAAAACAAAGCAAGCAGAGCGAACACACACUGGGUGGUGGUCUGGUGACUCGAGGGGCCAAUGGACGGAAGGAAGCCUUUGAUCUCUGGGAGUUGACAUUCCAAGAGUGUCCAGGGGGAGGCGGUGCUGAUCCCCGUGGAAAGUUUAGAGUCAGAUUUGGGAAUUUUUUGGUUGAGUUACAGCUCAUCCAAGCCAGCCAGAGAUCUGUGUCUAAGCAGGGACAUGGACCCUGC